UAACUCGUCAUCAUAACAGGAAGUAUGAAACCUGGCAUUUAUGGCGUGAAGGAGGGCAACACAGGAGGGAAAUAAUGCGUUGGCUAUAAAGCAGUGUACAGUAUCAGGAAAAAGACCUAGCCCUGCAGCACCGAUGGGUGACGCCCAGGGACAUCGUAUUGGAAUUUGGAACAGCUAAAGUCAUCGGGCGACACGCGGUAAUUCACCGACAUUUCUUUCGGCUGGACGUUCACCUAUGAUGGAACGGGCGAUGGAGCAGCUCAACGUACAGCUUAACCGACUGACUCGCUCCCUCCGCCGGGCCCGGACUGUGGAACUUCCUGAAGACAAUGAAACUGCAGUAUACACACUUAUGCCAAUGGUCAUGGCUGACCAACACAGGUCAGUGUCGGAAUUGCUGCUCAACUCCAAGUUUGAUGUAAACUACGCUUUUGGACGCGUGAAGAGGAGUUUGCUUCACAUUGCUGCAAAUUGUGGAUCAGUGGAGUGUCUUGUUCUGCUGUUGAAGCGAGGCGCAAACCCAAACUACCAGGAUAUCUCAGGUUGUACUCCAUUGCACCUUGCUGCAAGGAAUGGCCAGAAGAAAUGUAUGGGCAAACUACUGGAAUAUAAUGCUGAUGUCAACAUCUGCAACAAUGAGGGACUGACAGCUAUCCACUGGUUGGCAGUGAAUGGGCGGACUGAACUCCUUCAUGAUCUAGUCCAGCAUGUGUCCAAUGUUGAUGUUGAGGAUGCCAUGGGGCAGACUGCAUUGCAUGUAGCCUGUCAGAAUGGGCACAAAACUACGGUGCUCUGCCUCCUAGACAGUGGCGCUAACAUCAACCGACCAAACGUCUCAGGUGCCACACCUCUUUACUUUGCUUGCAGCCAUGGCCAAAGAGACACAGCACAAAUCCUGCUUUCUCGAGGAGCCAAAUACCUUGCUGACAAAAAUGGGAUCACUCCUCUUGAUCUUUGUGUGCAGGGAGGAUACGGGGAGACCUGUGAAAUCCUCAUUCAGCACCACAGCAGACUCUUUCAGAUACUUAUUCAGAUGACUCAAAAUGAUGACAUCAAAGAGAAUAUGCUUAGGCAGGUACUGGAGCAUGUUUCUCAGCAGAGUGACAGUCAUUACCAGAGAAUCUUGACAAGUCUGGCAGAGGUUGCCACCACUAAUGGACAUAAGCUGCUAAGCCUAUCCAGCAGCUAUGAUGCUCAGAUGAAGAGUCUUUUGAGGAUUGUUCGAAUAUUCUGCCAUGUAUUCCGCCUGGGACCUUCAUCGCCAAAUAAUGGCAAUGAUAUGGGCUACAAUGGCAACAAGACUCCUCGUAAUCAGGUCUUUAAGAUGCGUAUGAGCCAAGGGGAUGCUGUACCAAAAGAUACGUGUUCUUGGACAGCUUCUAUGUUAGAUCCACUGGAGCUACUUUGGCAUUCACUUGACGAGUGGCUGGUACUGAUCUCCACUGAACUAGACAGAAACAGCAACCCCUCAUCCACCUCUUCCAACAGUGAGAUAGCUUCCCUGCUUCUCAAACAGCGGGAAGUCGAUCACUCUAGUAUCACACCAAAGCUCCCCACCUCGCUGGACCCUCAGAUUGUCAUGGAAACAGAAGUAUAUGCUGAUGGGGAAGACGUUAUCUCUAUGACUGCCAAUCGGCUCAGCGCCGUGAUACAGGCUUUUUACAUGUGCUGCUCGUGCCAGAUGCCACAAGGAAUGACAUCCCCUCACUUCAUUGAAUUUGUCUGCAAGCAUGACGAAGUGCUGAAAUGCUUUGUGAACAGGAAUCCAAAAAUAAUCUUUAACCACUUCCACUUCCUGCUUGAGUGUCCUGAGCUGAUGUCACGUUUCAUGCAUAUCAUUAAAGGCCAGCCUUUCAAGGAUCGCUGUGAGUGGUUUUACGAGCAUCUUUUAGCUGGACAGCCAGACUCGGACAUGGUUCAUCGUCCUGUCAAUGAGAGUGACAUCCUUCUCAUCCAACGAGACUCCAUAUUUCGGAGCAGCUGCGAAAUGGUUUCAAAGUCCACCAAUGAGAAACUGAAGCAAGGGAUUGCUGUCCGCUUUCACGGCGAGGAAGGAAUGGGUCAGGGUGUUGUUCGGGAAUGGUUUGACGUCCUAUCCAAUGAGAUAAUCAAUCCGGACUAUGCUCUCUUCACUCAAUCAGCUGAUGGUACAACUUUCCAGCCCAACAGUAACUCCUCAGUAAAUCCAGACCAUCUGAACUACUUCCGAUUUGCAGGCCAGAUCUUGGGUUUAGCUCUGUAUCACAGACAGCUGGUCAAUAUCUAUUUCACCCGCUCCUUCUAUAAACAUAUACUGGGAAUCCCAGUGAACUACCAGGAUGUGUCAUCCAUUGAUCCUGAGUAUGCAAAGAACCUGCAAUGGAUCCUGGACAAUGACAUCAGUGAUCUGGGUCUAGAGCUCACCUUUUCAGUGGAAACAGAUGUAUUUGGUGCCAUGGAGGAGGUGCCGCUCAAACCAGGAGGCACAAGCAUUCUUGUGACUCAAGACAAUAAGGCUGAGUAUGUCCAGCUUGUGACUGAACUCAGAAUGACAAGGGCCAUCCAGCCUCAAAUCAACGCCUUCCUGCAAGGAUUCCACACUUUCAUCCCACCCUCACUGAUUCAGCUUUUUGAUGAAUACGAAUUGGAGCUCCUGCUGUCAGGAAUGCCAGAGAUUGAUGUGCAGGAUUGGUGUAUGAACACUGAGUACACCAGUGGCUACGACCCUCAUGAGCCAGUCAUCCAGUGGUUUUGGAAAUUGGUGGGACAACUAACCCAGGAGGAACGAGUUCUGAUGCUUCAGUUUGUCACUGGAAGCUCCAGAGUUCCUCAUGGUGGCUUUGCCUAUUUAAUGGGUGGAAGCGGUUUACAGAAGUUCACUAUUGCUGCAGUGCCAUACACCUCCAACCUUCUGCCUACCUCCAGUACUUGUAUCAACAUGCUGAAACUCCCUGAAUACCCCACCCAGGAGAUCCUGAGAGAUCGCCUCCUGGUAGCGCUGCAUUGUGGGAGCUACGGGUAUACCAUGGCAUAGAGAUCCUAUCAGUUGUGCUGUGUGGAGGGUCUCACAAAAUCAUGCUGCUCUCCCACUUCCAGACAUUGACCUGUUUUUUUGCUGGACAAAAAAAGAAAAAAGGGAAAUCUGUUUUUUAAGAAACAGCACUCUGAGUAUUAGAUUGAAGACGGAAGAACAACUGCCUCAAAAACUCAGCUUCCACACUCUUGCCUGUGAACUGCUUGGCCAAGCCUGGUGUUUGUUUUUGUAAUUGUUUUUGUUUUUUACACAUUUGACCAUUUUGUAAAGCCUUUACAAAUCAGGUAGCAUGAUUUUCACAUGGAGCAUACUGUAUAUAAUGACAUUACACUGUAUAUAAAAAUAACCAUAUAUGAACUACGCUAAGAGGAGUAAACAGGCAGUGUAAAAGUGUUGUCCAAUCAUGCUGGCUGUGCGGUAUUUCAUCCGGUGAGAUGUCGUGCAAGUAAGUAAAGUUUACAUAUAUUUCCAACAAUUACAUGGUCGAGUUGAUAUGUGCUUUUAUUAUUGAUUUUGUUUUUUUAAUCCGCAUCAAGGAUGCAACAAUACAGUUUUAUAUUGACCCGUUUGAUACGCAAAAACAUUUGAUCCAAAUGAAAAGCCUCCAAAAUGUAUUUUCCGAAUUUAUUUUUGUCGUCUCUCUCGCUAAAAUGUCCGGCGCAGCUUUGCCUUGAAAACCAAACUCUGCCGCUAGCCCCCCCCUCCUCCUCCAUUCCUCCCCCCAACUUCAUGAAGCAUGGGUGUUCAAACCUGUCCUCAAGGGCCGCUGUGGAUCCUGGUUUUUGUUCCUACCAAUCGAGCGCAGACAGUUUAACCAAUGAAGUUUGUGCUAAAACAAGCAGCACCUGACUGCAAUCAACUGAUUACACUUGUGAGACACCAGAUUGGUGAAAAUAUGUCGUCUGUUUUUGUAGAAAUGAAAUCUAGCACCCACUGCUUCCCUAUGUGGAGUAGUUUGGACACCACUGGCAUGAAGGGUUGGUGCUGUGGCACACAAGGAUCAUUGCUUGUGAGGAAAGUAACUUAAGGAGGCGGCUUGCCAGCUUCAAAAUCGUACAGAUCCGUUGUUUGGCAGCAUUUUGGGUGAGCUGAUAGCUAUCCCCACUCGUACAUAUUGUAUAAAGAUUGUCUUUCCGGAUACGAACAAUAAAGACCGCUAAUACAUCGUUGCCGACUUGGCUGCAACGCAUGACCUCGCUUUGACAACAGACAGCUUUCUGUGACCUACGGCCUUAACCAAACUCAAAUUUACGUGAUGAACAAUGAGUGGCAAAUUAAGAGCACUGUACUUCAAACUCGUCCUGUUUAUGAGAGUUGAUUGUCAAAUGCUGGUGUUGUGCAGUAAUGAACAAUGUGACUUCUGUAGCGUUUGUUAACUUUUUUAAUGACCGACAACACUCAUGCGCACACACUAGAUAUAAUCAAAUAGCAACCUAGAUGUGCUACGUUAAAUCCCAAGCCAUUGACUGCUUGAGCCCACAGUGAUCAUGGGAAGCAUACUCCCUAUACUACAUCGAUGAAUUAAUAAAAACUGCCAUGACUGCCAAAUCAAUCCAUACCAGUGACUAUAGAUAAUGCUGCAAAUAUUGUUUAUUCUGUACAUAACACAGAUGGACUCGGACCACAAAUCAGAUGUUUUUCUCAUGUGGUAAACAUACCUGCUAAGAGAGUAAAAGCAAUCAACAGUGUGCCCCGCCUCAUUUUACAAACAGUGAAAAUUGUUCUCAGCACUUUUAUUCAAAAUUUCUUCAGAUCAGUAAGAAGUAAGCACGUAAAUAUUAUGCACUAUAAUGCAUGUUUAUAUGAUGGCAUUGUUAUUUUUGCUUGUUAGCAAAAUAAACUUUUUUUUUUUAAACUUAUAUUUGUUUCAGAGCAUUAAAUGAAUUGAAUCAAAUCGAAAAUCGGGUCCCUCAAAUCGAAAAUCGUACCUAACUGUGACUUCACUGUAUUGUUGCAUCCCUAAUCCACAUGAAUGCUUCUGAAAUAAUGUCCCCCAUCUUAUCCAAACGUGGCGGGAACAGGGUUGGCAGUACCACUUGCUAUAACUGGUGGAGUGGGGCAACGAUGGACCAAGUACAGGUAGUCCCCGGGUUACAACGCACCCGUGAUUUCGCACUUUGUGACGCUGGAGUCUUGUCUGCCAUUUUGUCUCCAGUCUUUUUUUUUUUUUUUUUUUAAUCGCGUAAACAGUACCUUAUUUUACCUCACAGUAUCUUAUUUUUUUAUUACUUCAUUAAAAUGACUGUUCUGCCCUUUGAUGAAAUGUGUAUUUGUUCGCAAUGUUGACUUUUGUUUUGUAAUGCAUACUUUUAAUUUGGCGCAGCAAGGCAAGGCAAGGCAAAUUUAUUUAUAUAGCACAAUUCAACACAAGGCAAUUCAAAGUGCUUUACAUCACAUGAAGUUCAUAAAAAUCACAUUUAAAUCAACGCAACGUAGAAACGAAGACAAAAGAUCGCAUUUAAUCACAGAAUAAAAAUAAAUAAAUAAAAUAAAAAUAAAACAAAAACUACUACUAAUAAUAAUAAUUGAAAUCAGCAAUGGAGAUAAAAACAAGAGGAAUAGAAAGGUAGAUUGAAAUAUAUAGACAGUUAUAGAUAUGCAGUGCUAAACAAAAGCGUUUUUAGCCCUGAUUUAAAAGAGCUAACAGUUUGAGCAUACUUCAGACGUUCGGGUAACUUGUUCCAGAGGUGAGGAGCAUAAUAACUAAAUGCUGCCUCACCCUGCUUGGUUCUUGUUCUUGGAACAUGCAGAAGACCCAUUCCAGACGACCUUAGGGGUCUAGAUGUCUCAUAGGACUCUAACAAGUCAAGCAUGUAUUUUGGUCCAAUGCCAUUAAGUGUUUUGUAGACGAGCAGUAGUAUUUUAUAGUCUAUCCUUUGACUUACUGGAAGCCAGUGUAGCGAUUUCAAAACUGGUGUAAUGUGGUCCAGCUUCCUUGUAUUUGUGAGGACUCUGGCUGCAGCAUUCUGUACCAGCUGCAACUUCCUGACUGAUUUUUUAUCAAGACCUGUAAAUAUACCGUUGCAAUAGUCCAAUCUGCUGAAAAUGAAUGCAUGCAUAAGUUUUUCCAUGUCUUGUUGAGUCAGAAGCCCCUUAAUUCUGGUUAUAUUUUUUAGGUGGUAAUAAGCGGAUUUAGUGACGGACUUUAAAUGGCUAUCAAAUUUUAGGUCUGAGUCAAUAAUUACGCCAAGGUUUCUGACUUGAUUUGUAGCUGUAAGUGACAUUGUGCUAAGUUCGCUGCUUAUCUUUGACCUUUCCUUUUUUGGCCCAAAAAUGAUCACCUCUGUCUUCUGCACAUUUAACUGGAGAAAAUUCUGGCACAUCCAUUCAUUGAUUUGAUGAAUGCAUUUGCUCAGGGUGACUAAGGGACUAUAAUCAUGUGGGGACACAGAAAUGUACAGUUGUGUGUCAUCUGCAUAGGCGUGAUAGGAGAUGUCAUACUGUUCCAUUAUCUGAGCUAACGGAAGCAUAUAGAUGUUAAAUAAGAGUGGUCCAAGAAUUGACCCUUGAGGGACUCCACACGUGAAUUUGGUUCGUUCUGACUGAUGGUUUCCGAUUGACACAAAGAAAUCCCUAUCAUGUAAAUAGGAUGUGAACCACUGAAGAAUAGUGUCAGUAAGCCCUACCCACUGUUCCAAUCUGCUGAGUGGUAUGUUGUGAUCAACCGUGUCAAAUGCGGCGCUGAGAUCCAAUAAUAGCAGAACAGAUGAUUUGCCUGCAUCGGUAUUCCGACGAAUAUCAUUUAGGACUUUGAUAAGCACAGUCUCGGUGCUGUGUUGUGGUCGAAAUCCAGACUGAAAUGAGUUAAAAAGAUUGUUUUGCAUCAUAUAAUUCUGGAUCUGUUCGAACACAACCCUUUCGAUAAUUUUCCCCAGGAAUGUCAGAUUUGAUAUUGGCCUGUAAUUACUAAUGGUUGAGGCAUCCAGAUUAGGUUUUUUUAGGAGAGGUUUUAUUACUGCAGUUUUUAAAGUCUGAGGAAACUCUCCUGUUUGGAGAGAAGUAUUUAUAAUCUGAAGUAUGUCUGGGGCUAUGCAACGAAAAACAGUUUUGAAAAAGUUUGAAGGAAGGAUGUCAAGGCAGCAUGUUGUGGGCUUUAAUUUCGACACAAUUUCUGUUAAAGUGGCAUAGUCCAAGAGGCUAAACUGUCUAAGAUUGACGUGGGGGACAUUUUGGGAGGCAUUUAGUGUAACAUUUGUUAAUCUGGAGUUGCACACAGUCUGUCUAAUCUUUAGUACUUUGUGUAUAAAGAAUGCUGCGAAAUUAUUACAGGACACCUCAGAUGCCAAUUCCUGAGGCAUUGAUGCUUGUGGGUUUGUCAGUUUGUCAACAACAGAAAAUAAUGUGCGGGUAUUGUUAGUGUUUCUACUAAUGAUCUCUGAAAAAUAUGACUGUCUAGCAUUUUUCAGUUCCUGGUUGUAUUUGCGAAGACUGUCUUUGUAGAUAUCAUAAAAAACUAGGAGUUUGUUUUUUCGCCAUCUGCGUUCUGCUCGUCUACAAACUUGCUUUUGUUUUAUAGCUAGUAUGGCAUUUCUCCAGGGUGACCUCUUCUUUCUUGACAAAGAUUUUGUCUUAAUCGGGGCAAUAGUGUCAAUUACAGUCAUCACACUGGAACUGAAACUAUUUACAAGUUCUUCCACUGGAGCUAUUGUAGGGGUUAAUGGUGAGGCAUAGGCCUGUGUGAAUAACGCACAAGUGUUAUCACUUAUGUAACGCUUCCUAAUCACCUCUGUUUCCCUUUUCAGAGGAUGGACAGGGGUGGUCAUUUUAAACAUAAUGCAGUAGUGAUCAGACAGAGCAACAUCAUUUACUGUGACCUCAGAGAUGUUAAGACCUUUGGAUAUUAUUAAAUCCAGUAUGUGCCCUCUGUUAUGUGUUGGAACUGUGACAUGCUGAGAUAAACCAAAUGUAUCCAAAAUAUUUAAAAGCUCUAUAGCACACCCUUCUUCAGGAUUAUCAACAUGAAUGUUAAAGUCACCCACUAGAACAACACAAUCAAAGUCCAUGCAGACAGAAGACAGCAUUUUGGUAAACUCAUCAAAAAACAUUGUGUUAUACUUUGGUGGUCUGUAAAGUGUUACCAAGGCAGCUCUGCAAGGGCUUUUUAGCUGAAUGACAAUAUAUUCAAAGGAAUCAAACUGACCACAUGAAAUAUUUGUGCAUUGGAAACUGUCCCUGAUCAGACUGGCAACCCCACCUCCUUUCUUAUGGGUUCUUGGCGCACUAAAGAAAUUGAAGUUUGUGGGGGUUGCCUCAAUCAGAACUGUCGAGCUCUUAUCUUUAUCUAACCAAGUUUCUGUUAGGAACAUCAUGUCAAGGUUAUGUUUGCUGAUAAAAUCAUUAAUUAAGAAAGAUUUGCCAGCUAAAGAUCUUAUAUUUAGCAGAGCCAAUUGGAGAUGCCAGACUGGAUUCACUGGUGAAUUUUGGGAAUGACAUACUAUGCUUAACAGGUUGGCAGAGUUGAUUGAAUGUUUUUUUUAUUUCUCACCAGUCUAGCCCUUUUUGUGCUGUUUAUCACCACUGGGAUUGUUGAGCAUACAGAUUGUACUCCAUAGGGCCCCGGCUUUUGCUGGGACAGAACAGUCUUUGUAAUGUUGUCACAGCCUGGACCCGGUGC